AUGUUACAUCCGGAACAUCCCAGCUUGCUGUGCAGGGCCUGGCUGGCUGUGACCAUCGGCAUCCUGGGUUCGAGGCCGACCGACAGUGGAGAUGUAUCCGGCUCGCGUCCCAACAUCCUUCUGCUGAUGGCGGAUGACCUUGGCAUCGGGGACGUCGGCUGCUAUGGCAACAACACCAUCAGGACCCCAAACAUCGACCGCCUCGCCCAGGAGGGCGUGCGGCUCACCCAGCACCUCGCCGCGGCUUCCGUCUGCACCCCAAGCCGAGCCGCCUUCCUGACGGGCAGGUACCCUGUGCGAUCCGGCAUGGUGUCCAGCGAUGGCUCCCGCGUCCUCCAGUGGACGGCGGUCCCGGGAGGUCUUCCCGCGAACGAGACGACGUUUGCGGAGAUCCUGAAGGACCGGGGCUACGCCACGGGACUGAUAGGGAAAUGGCACCUGGGCCUCAACUGUGAAUCCUCGACCGACCACUGCCACCACCCGCUCCGCCACGGAUUCGACCAUUUCUACGGAAUGCCCCUGUCCCUGAUGGGCGACUGCGCCCGCUGGGACCUUUCGGAGAAGCGCGCCGACCUGGAGCGCUCCCUGCACCUCUGCGUGCGCCUCGCGGCCUGCGCGGCCCUGACCCUCGCCGCCGCCAAGCGCGCCCGCCUCCUCCCCGUCUCCUGGGCGCCGGCCGUCUGGUCGUUCAUGGCGGCCACCUUGUUGUUUAUCUCUUCGCACGUCCUGGGCCACCUGAUUGUGCACGCGGACUGCAUCCUGAUGAGGAAUCACGGCAUCACCCAGCAGCCCAUGGACCUGGCCCGGACGGCCUCGCUCAUGCUCAGGGAGGUCUCGUCCUUCGUCCAGCGGAACAAGCAAGGCCCCUUCCUUCUCUUUGUGUCCUUUCUCCACGUCCACACGCCUCUCGUCACCACGGAGAGUUUCCGUGGGAGAAGCCGCCACGGGCUCUACGGAGACAACGUCGAGGAGAUGGACUGGAUGGUGGGGCGGAUCCUGGAUGCACUGGACAGGGAAGGUCUCACCAACAAGACCCUCAUUUAUUUUACGUCGGACCACGGCGGGUCUUUGGAGGCCCAGCUGGGACCCCACCAGUAUGGGGGCUGGAACGGGAUCUAUAAGGGUGGCAAAGGCAUGGGGGGCUGGGAAGGCGGGAUCCGUGUCCCCGGGAUAUUCCGGUGGCCCGGGGUGCUGCCCGCCGGCCGGGAGGUCCACGAGCCGACCAGCCUGAUGGACGUCUUCCCCACCGUGGUGCAGCUGGGGGGCGGAGAGACGCCCCAAGACAGGGUGAUGGACGGCCGGGACCUCCUGCCCUUGAUGCUGGGGACCACCCCGCGCUCGGACCACGAGUUCCUGAUGCAUUAUUGCGAGACGUUUCUGCACGCCGUCCGGUGGCACCAGCGGGACCGGGGAGCCAUCUGGAAGGUGCAUUACCAGACGCCGACCUUCCACCCCCCGGGCGCCGGCGCCUGCUACGGGCAGGGGGUCUGCCCCUGCUCGGGGCCCGGGGUGACGCGCCACGACCCGCCUCUGCUCUACGACCUCUCCAGGGACCCCUCGGAGGCGCGCGCCCUGGCGCCGGACACGGAGCCCGCGUUCUUCCAGGUGCUGGAGCGCGUGGCGCGCGCCGUGGAGAGCCACCGGCGGACCCUCCUGCGCGCUCCCCCCGCGGCCUGGCAGCUGGAUGAGCCCCGCAACAGCUGGAGGCCCUGGCUGCAGCCCUGCUGCGGGGCGCCCCCCUACUGCGCGUGCAACCGGGAGGCGGGGGGCGCGCAGUGACCGUGCGCUCGGGUGCCUGGGGCCGGGA